AUGUUGACCGUGGUCCGUGGGCUUCACCUCCAGAUUAUCCAUCACCAUGUACGUAACCAUCCCUUUCACGUAACCUUCACCACUCGAACUAAAGUAAGCGCUGUAAGCCUGAAACUUGUGGUAGACAAAAAGAAGCAACGAGUUCUCUUUGCUGAAGCAGAAAAGGAAUUUGUUGAUUUUCUCUUCACCAUUUUCAGUCUGCCCGUGGGAACAGUCACUAUGCUCCUGAAAGAGGAAGGCACGGUAGGCUGCUUGCCAAGCCUCUACAAGAGCGUUGAAAAUCUGAGCGUUGCUUGCUUUCAGCCUGACCAGAACAAAGAUUUCCUGUUAAAGCCCAGAGUAGUCAUUCCUGGUCUUAAAGCCCCUCUCCUCUUGCCAAACGAUGAGUUUAUCUCUAGAGAGGUAGGUUACGUGAAAGGGAUGGUUUCGUACAUGGUGAUGGAUGAUCUGGAGGUGAAGCCCAUGUCCACCGACUCCAGUUUCACUCUGCUUAGAGAGUUCAAUGUGAAGGCAGCAGGGGAUAUUGAGAAGAAAGUAGUCAAUUUGGGCAUGGAUGAGGGUUUGAACUUGUUCAAAGCUUCUCUGCAAUCAAAGACGGUUCUGACUGAUGUCCUCCUUCGAACCAAUCCAGAUCGUUAA